GUGGCAUGUAACGCGGAAUGAGGGUUCAAGUCCAAACAAGUCCAUUCAUUUCUGCAGCCCGACAGAGGAGAUGCACAUGGAAUCAGCAUUAACACGGACUUUCACGCCACAGGAACGACUGGCUCAACUGAAAACAACUGAGGCUCUUUACAAUACUGGGCUCUAUACUUCAGCAUUGCUCAUGACGGGCAUUCAUCUCUCUACGGUUCGAAGAGAUGAAAAGUGGUUUCUAUCCAGAGCAUUGGCGCGAUACGCACGCUGUCUGACACGUCUUGAGGAGCAUAAGCGAUCUAUUGAAUACUACUCACAAUCCUUGGAUCUAUACGACUCAUUACUCCCAACAGUUCUUCAAGGACCAAAUCCGAUGUCUGAUAGUGGCAGAUCAACGCCUGUAGGCUCAGUCAAUAGUAAGAUAACAGACACACAGACCUCGGCCACCUCGCAGCCACACCGCACUAUGGAAGCAUCAGGAGUAGUUGGGAAAACAAGUGAAUUAGAAAAUGCCACCAUUGUCUCUGAAGAAGAGCUGGCAAGAGCGCAAUCUAAAGCUAGGCUCAGACAGUUUGUGUCCAGUACAUGGGGAUUAUCCCCAAAGUCUACUAUGGGCACAUCGUCAAAAGUACGAUCAAGGUCUAAUGCGACCAAUGAUACUGAAUCACGACCAUCCAUUCCGGCUGUAGUGCCUCAGUCGACAACGAUGAAGCGACGUCUGGAAUCGCGAGCAGGGUCGCCAUCAGCUGAGCUACAAAACAUUAAUGGAGACCUGACACGUCCAGAAAAUAUGUCGAAAGAGCAUAAGGAAAAAAUGUUGAGGACUGGAUCAACGCCAUCUGAGACAACUAAGGAGAAUAGUCAAAAGAUGAAUCAACUUUACCAGCUGGACUUAAUGGGUAGGAGCAUUGAGUUCGAUAUUGAUCAUGCGCGUUCUUGUUUUGAAGCCAAGGAGUAUACCAAGGCAAAGGAUAUUAUUGACAAGAUCCCAGAAAACAAACGAACGGUCGAUGUUUAUAUCCUACUUACCAAACUCAGCCGCCACAAGCUCAAUAACAUACUCACAGAGAAAUCGUAUUGGGAGUGUAUUGCAGAUCUAUGCCAUGGGGCGCUGUUAGAAUGCAACCACUAGCAAUAGAGGCCUAUGUCCAUUUACUACGUUUUCAAUCGCAUCUACCAACACUUUUGAAUAUGAUUCCUUCAGGCUCUCCAGAAAAACGUUGGAUGGCGCUCUAUCUUCAGGGUACAGAUAAUUUCUUCCGAAUGAAAUAUCAAGGUAACAAUAAAAAGCG